AUGAGCCUGGAACACACUUGUGGGAGGGUUGACAAGUUGAAGUAUGCCUCAUCCAAGUGGCUUUGCAACAGGUAUUCUAAGAAGCUGAAGAGAGACGCAGACUUGGAUGUGAAAUCAUUGCAAGAGGAUGUUUUGGAGGAUUAUUGUAUGCUUGUCACAAGACAUCAAAUAUACAUAGCCAAAAGGAGGGCCAAAGUAAUGAUUGAAGGGAGUUACAUAGAACAAUAUGCUAGGUUAAGGGAUUAUGCAGAGGAAUUGAAGAAAGCAAACAAGGGAAGUACAGUUGUAAUUAAAACUGAACAAUUGGGGGGCCAAGCUAUCUUUCUAAGGAUGUAUGUUCGCUUCGCUAGUUGUAGGCAAGGGUUUUUAGAUGGAUGCAGACCAAUUAUUGGUGUUGAUGGGUGCCACAUAAAAGGUCCUUAUCCUGGCCAGAUUUUGACAGCAGUAGGGUUGGAUGGGAACAAUGGCAGUUUCCCAAUUGCUUAUGCAGUUGUUGAGAUCAAAAGCAAACAAUCGUGGAUCUGGUUUCUUAGGCUGUUGAUUGAAGAUCUAAAGAUUACAAAUAGUUUGUCAUAUGUGUUCAUUAGUGACAAGCAAAAGGGACUCAUUUGA